CGCCCCUCCCCCGCCUCCCCCGCUGUGUGGAGUGGAGUCCUACAUUGAUCGGCGUCAUUAGCAUUCGAAUCCCGACAUUCUCAACUGCAUCUACAACGUGGGAAAGAGAGAGAGAGACAGAGAGAAAGAGAGGUCUGCUGUGAGAGAGGAGCCCACUUGUUUGCUCUGAACAUUUGGGACUUGGAUGGCUCUUGUAAGUUGUCAUGCUAAGAUCUGAGCUAUUACACGGACAUCUACACACGCGGAAAUCCAGGUCUACAUUUUCUGUGAAUGUGUCUUAUCUUGCUGUGAAGACAACGCAAUGCGUUCACAGGAAAGCAUCUUCCGAAUUUGCUUCAGAGGGGUCUACAGUUGCUACUGGACGCAUUCAAGGGACAACAAUCAAAGAUGCCCAUGCUGCUGGUUCUCCUGCCUCUCUCUGGUGUCUGUUUUGACGCUGGGAUGGAUGUACAUCUGUUUUAUCGCUUAUAAUGACCACAGUGAUCUCAACUGGAAAGCUUUUCAAGAGCUCAGUCUGUGGGUGAACUGGUUCAUGUGUAUCAUCAUCUUGUCUGCAGUAGUGGCCAUAUACUGCCUUCUCCUAUUGCUUUUUUCAUUGUUCCAGUUUGCUAUUAAAGAACCUUUGGAUUUACACUGGCUGCAUAAGGUGUUGCUCUUUCUGGGUCUGGUUAUAGUCGUGUUCGGUAUAGCGGGAAUAAGUUCAAAAUGGGAAGAGGAAUGGAGCACUAUUCAUUUGUCCCUGCAGGCCACGGCCCCUUUUCUGCAGUUGGGUGCGGUGGUGGCCUUGACCAUGUUGAGCUGGCUCAUCUUCCAGAGUUACCACAGAACUCAGAGUGCUGUUUCCAAAGCCCUCAUUAUUGGAGCAUUACUGGCAGUUUCUGUUGCAAUUUUCCUCAGUCCUCUAUUAAUUCAUUCUCCAUGCAUCAUUGACAAACUUCCCCCGAAACCAGCCCUCGUUGGACACCGAGGUGCACCUGUGCUGGCUCCAGAGAACACCAUGAUGUCAUUUAGGAGAAGUGCAGAGUGCAAAGUUACAGCCUUUGAGACAGAUGUCCAGCUCAGCAAGGACAAGAAGCCUUUUCUUAUGCAUGACGAUGGCAAGAAGUUUCUAAAGAGGACAACAAAUGUGGAUAUUAUUUUUCCAAAUCGUACAAACAACUCUAGCAGUGACUUCACACUGGAAGAGCUGCAGAGUUUAAACGCAGGCGAAUGGUUUCUGAAGACAGAUCCGUUUUGGUCAGUAUCCUUGCUUUCAGAGGAGGAGAAGGAAAACGCUCGUAACCAGACAGUGCCGACCCUUUCUGAACUUUUAGACCUCGCCAAAGAACACAACAUCUCUGUCAUCUUUGAUUUAAAGAAUGGCAAUUAUGACUGCAACUGCACAGUGACAACCAUCCUGAACUCUAGCAUCUCACAUGAUUUGAUAUGGUGGCUGCCUUCAGCAUGUGGAGAAGAUGUUAACAUGCGUGCUAAAGGGUUCCGCCAGGUCUACAGAAAUGUGUCUGCAAUGAAAGACAAUAACGGAAAUUUUUUAAAUGUGAAAUACAGCAGCCUGAGUACUGAAGACAUCAGGAACCUGACUAGCAGAAAUGUGACGGUCAACCUGUGGGUAGUGAAUGAACGCUGGCUAUUCUCUUUGCUGUGGUGCUCGGGGGCCAGCUCAGUGACCACCAACACCUGCCACGUCCUCAGCGACAUGUCUAACCCUGACUGGCAUCUGAAAUAUCGUACGUACCUAAUUAUAUGGAUCACCACUGACCUGGUGUCAUUGGUUCUGAUGGUCGUUCUGUUUUACUUGCAAAGGAGAAAGAAAUCAAGGAACCCCCUGGAUUCCUCCUGGAAUCAGAGAGAAUUGUCUCCCUUCUUAUCAUAGUCCUAGAAGUACAUGUUUCAUCAUUUGAGUAGGUUUAUAUAGGCCUGGGCAAUAUGACACUAUUUAUUGUUAUCGUGAUAACUUAUAUCGGAAUGCUUUUCUCAUCACAUCAUGGAUAUUAUUGACAUGUAAAAACUUCUUAACUAUAUGUUUGAUUAUAAAGAGAACAUAAUAACACAGGUCAGUGUGUGAAAUUUUCAAUACACUGAGUUGGAUUUAUUUGGUUGGUUUUUGAUAGUAUCUUUUAAAUGUGGCAUUAGUUUCAGUUCCCACAUAUCAGAUGUCAAACAAAAUAGAUAUUGUGGGAUACCAUCUAACGUAUUGCAUUUUUGUCAUAUUGCCCAGCUCUCAGUUUAUACCAUUUCACUGUUAAUAAAAGGUUUAACAUUUCUACUGUUCGCAGCUGUUGAAAACAGCAUACCACAUCCCACAUGAUGUGAAGUAGCCUGCAGUUUAAAAAUGCUGCAUAAAAAUAAUCUAGAAAAUAAAUACGUAGAGAUGCAAGAAAUAUGUACUGAUAACUACAGAAAAGGAAUUUUGUGAUUCUUGUGCCAGUGACCUUAUAGUGUUCUAAUACACUGGAAUAAAGCCUUAAUGCAAAGUUACUAUGAAAAGAUUACAUAAUAAUUUCUUUGGGCCUGGGGCUGCAGAUUUAGAUGGUUUCUGGAAGAGUCAUUCUUUGACAGGUUUUGUCCAGCUUGGAGAUACUCAAAUUAGUCCAGUUUAAAUAUCAUUUUAAUAUUUUAAGCAAGUCUUAGAGUAUUUGUGAUGUCUCAUCUUCAUCAUGCUUGAGGCCUAAGGACCGGUUUCUCACACCCAGGUUGUUUCAUGGUGAAUCACCACUGACAUAACAGUUUAGUCUAUGACCCUGCUUAACUCAUGUCCAGGAAGCCACUCUUUUGUGCUUUUUUUAGAGUUCCAUCAUGCUGAUUCAUUUCAUGCGUAUUCGUUGGUGCACCCAGACACCCUUAAACUCAACCAUGCAUUCCUUAUCUUUUUUUUUUUCCUUGUUCCUUAAAGAUAAUCUUACGUUUUAAUUGGGUUUGGUUAUUAUUAAUGUAGUUCCUCUUGAGAGGAUGUUGAGAGUUAUUGUAAGUUUUUUUUUUGUUUUUUUCUUUUUUGAGAAAAUAAUUAAAAAUAACUUUAUUCAGAUUAGAGGAAUUUUAACAAAACGUGUUCAAAAAUUUAUUAAAACACACUUAGAAGUACAGUCUCUUGAAUAGUGGCAUUUGUAUAUAUUUUAUAAUAUGCAUUAAUGAUUAACUGUGAAUGAAUGUGCUGUAUUUCAGCUUUCUUUCCUAGGACACAUAACGUCGAUUAUAAUGGACUAGAGUAAAAUGAUUGUUAGAUUACUUUGGAGCUCUGCUGACGCUUUAGAUCAGCUGAGCUUUAAGUCUUUUCUCUUUAACAUGUUACUGUAUUUAAUGUGAAUAUGUAAACCACUGAGCCACUCCUGCCUCUUACUGUAACUUUUGAUGCUAAUUCUGUAGCUUGUGGUCAGGCAUGCUGAACUCCUAUUGAAUGCUGCAAAUAUUUCUCCUGUAUUGAUGACUAGUGAUUUUAAUAAUUACAUGUAAGAGUUUUCGUCAUAUUGGAUUUUUACAGCUCAAUAAAGAACCAGCUUUCAUAAUCACUGAAUUAAAAAAAAAUAAUAAAAUGAUUUAUUUUAGAAUUGGUCAUAGAACUAUUACUGCUACAUCUCAAUGGAAUAUGUGAAUGUGGGA